AUGUUCGCCAAACAAUUAGAGUAUUACAAAAUACCUGAAUGGUCAGCUUAUUACAUUGACUACUCUUAUCUUAAAAAGAUGAUUUAUGAUUGUCAAAUGGCAAGGAUGCUAUCAGUUGAGCCACACGAAGAUGAAAUAGCAAUAAAAGAAACUAAUAUUAAAGAAAGCUUUAAAAAACAAUUCUAUAAGAUCAAUAGAUUCUAUAUUUCUCAAAGCUCAGCAUCUAUGAGUGAUUUAAACUCUAUUUUUAAAGGAAUUAGGAUAAUGCUAAACGAUUCAGUUUUAAAAAAUCAUGAAAUACAACAUGUAUUAAACUUAGAUGGUUGCGUAUCAGAUAAUGCAUUGUGCUUUAGAGAAUCCUUAUCAAAUUUGCACAAAAGAAUAUGAUGGCUAGAAGUUUUCUGUGAAGUUAACUAUAUUUCCGCAUUGAGACUUAUAGAUAAAGUUGAGCAUCCGAUUGACUUGAUUUCGCUUUUGAAAGAACAAGAAUUCUCAAAGUAUGAAAAAGAAUUAGGAGAAAUGAGGAAAUUAUUGUAUGAGAAGGUUGCUCAAGAAUUUUUAGGUGGAGAUAUUCUAGAAGCGAUGAAAUUACUUACCAGAACUUCUAAGUAUUACAGGCUAGUUGAUAUAGGCUGAAUAUAUUUUUCAAUUGGUGUCACUAUUGCAUCUCUUGUAAUUGCAUUUGUUUUGAUAUCUCUCUCUGAAAAAACUGUUUUUGGGGGCAUCUUUCUGUGUUUCUCCAUUUUUAGGCUAACCUUAUCAAUAAACUUUGUGUUUAUUGGAGCAUCAUGACUAAUAUAUAUGCUUGAGUCUCAUUCCUUGAAUUGAAUGUAUAUUUUUGAAAUAGAUCCUUCAAAUAGAAUAUCCUAUAUGCAAAUUUUAAGGCUGGGGCUUACUCUAAAUGCAGUAUGAUCAUUUUUUUUUUUAACUAAAAUCGCCCAUAGUUUUGGCACUGGACUAGUCCCUCGCUUUAACAAUAGCUCAGCAAUAUUAUUUUUAGGAAUAUAUGUUUUUCUUUUAGUUUGCCCCUUUAAUAUUAUGCAUAAAAACGCAAGAAUGAGAGUGCUAAAAACAUUAGCAGAAGUAGUAAUUGCACCUUUUGGGCCUGUGAAAUUUAGAAACUAUAUGUUAGCAAGUUGGCUAACAUCAAUGACAAUACCUUUAAGAGAUUUUUAUUUGACAAUGUGCUAUAUUAUAGGAAAUUUAUGAAAUCAGAAAGAAAAGCCUCCAUGCUCAACAGAUGUCUUGACCUUAACUAUAAUUUCAGCUUUACCUUUUAUUUGGAGAUUAAUGCAAGUUUGUAAUAAAAUUUAUUAUGAUCCUCCGUUCUUCAGAAAACAGUAUGUUAAUUUAGUAAGAUAUAGAGUCUCCAGAGUAUGGGCUCUCAUAGUCCUGGUGUCUCCCGAGGAGAUCCAAGAGUUAUUUUUACCAAUUUUGUGUUAGUAAAGCAAGCCCUCAAAUUGGCAAAUCUGCUUGAUUAGGCAAAUUUUUUAAUUUGAGGGUUGAUAAAAACUAAUAUAAGUGGUUUAAACCAACCCUCGGAUCUCUUAGGGAGACAUCGGAACUAUGGAAGUUCAUAUAUGUGAGACUCAGUAUGGCCAAAGCUUAUUUAUAAUAUAUAUCUCUUAUCUCGGACUACAAAAAAGCCAGCAAGCCUACAUUUGGAUUUCAGUUUUCAUUAUAUGCAGUGAAUUUACAAUGUUUUUGGACUACUAUCAAGAUUGGGGAUUAGUGAGAAACUCUAAAAAUGGCUGCCUUUUAAGAGAAAACUUGUAUUUUGAAAAGAAAUUGUAUUAUUUCAUAAUGAUUUGUAAUGGAUUUCUCAGAUAUGCCUGAUCUCUUUCGCUUCUUCCUCUUACUUUUUUUGAAAAUGAUUAUUUUAACGCAGAAAUUAUAUUAAUGCUUAUGUGUAUAUUAGAGCUAUUUAGAAGAACUUUAUGGACAUUACUAACUGCCCCUCUGUGAGCCCUUUAGGGUAAGAACCCACCCUUCGUAAGCGAGCAAAAUCUUUUUUAAAAUAAAAAUUUAAUAUUUUGAAGUAUAAGUAAUAAUUACUAUAAUAGCUCUGUUGAAUUUUAAAACAUAAAUUUAAAUUAAUUUAGCAUUUUUUUAAAAAAAAAUAAUAUAAAUUUAUCGAAAUUUUUUAAAAGAACCUCCCUGACUUUUGUAGAGUUUGAGAGAUCCGGAGUGUAUAGUAUAUAUAAAAUCUUUAUGUGUAUUACAAAAAAUUUAGCGUUUCAUAGCGAUAAGAAAUCCUUAUGUCCUACAAGUAGCUCAUAACAAGGAGCAAAAAGCCAUUAUUUUAUGUGGUAAAAAAAAUAUAGCAAUAUAAACUACGAAACCUUUAAGUCAUAAAAUAAGUAACUCAUAUGAAUUACAUACUGAGUCUUUAUUUCAUGCACAUACCCUAUCUUACAUCUUUUAUAAGAGCCAGCCUCACUCUGUGAGCGAAUCUAAUUGUUUAGUUCGCUCACAGGUGGGAUGGGGGAGUAAGAAUUGAAAGGGAGCGUUCAGAAAAUACAGAAAAAUAUAGAAAAAUUGAUUAUAUUCCUAAACCACUAAAGACAGGAGAGUUUAUGGUUAUAUAA